AUGAUUAACAUAUUCGUUGUAAUUCUACUUAUUUUUAUUCCAUUGACUAUUGAAGAUACUGUUUUGGAUCGAUAUGAUUAUGAUGCAUAUGGAACACGUUUAGCUAGUAAUGAUUAUUUUGUUGUUCUUGCUCAAAAUGAUCUUAAUCGUUAUUCAGUUAUCAUGACUCCUUUUGGAGCAGAAUAUUCCUGUAAUUAUGGAUAUAAUUAUAUCGAUGAUUUUGUAAUGAAUGUAGCCGUUGGUCGACAUCAAAAUUCUACACAAAUGUCAUUUGUUUAUUUACGUACAAAUUCUUCCACAGGUGCCAAUCAAAUAUUGGGUCUAUUUACUUUUCCACAAAUCGAUAAUACAAAUGAUUCAGCAGGUCAAUGUGAUAAAAGAUUAUCAAACGAUCAAGGUGAAUAUGACGUAAAAGUUUGGAAUAAUACACUCUCGGAAAUGUCGACUCUUCAAAUGGAUCUUCAAGGAAAGUAUGCCUAUGGUUUUCUUUCAAAUGGUAUUUUUAUAUUUGAUAUUGAAAAUAAAUAUGUUCAAGAUAUAACAUGGGAAGAAAUUUUACCAUCAAUCUAUUUUGAACCACAUGCAUUAGAUAUUAGUGAAACAAAUGAUAGAAUUCAAAUAGCUCUUGUCGUUGGUUAUUAUCAAUCUGAUGUCAACAAAGUACUACCUAUUCUUUAUCUUGUUCAGUUAAAUCCUCCAUUAAAUAUGAUUGUUAUCACAAAUUAUACUUUUUCUACUCAAAAUAUUCAAUUUAUUCGUGCAAAUUUUGCUUUUACCUAUCAAUUUAAUUAUGUUAUGUCUAUUUCAAUACAUGAUUCAACUCAACAAGUUCUUAUUGGUAUACCACAAUCGGCUACGACAUAUCUUUUCUCAUUCAAUAGUACAGAUCUAAUACUAAUUAAAACUUUCAAUCAACCAGCACGUUCAACAAGUUGGAUUGAUAAUGAUGGUACACAAGCUGCUUUACUUCUAGCUAAUGUUCCUACACUUCCUUGGGCACAAUCUCAAGUACGAUUAAUUGAUACAACUUCGGGUAGUGUUAUUUCAGCAUUUCCUAAUAAUCAACAAACAUUCGAUCAAUGGACAGAUACACCUCCAGUAUUCAUUCGAUUAGCUACAACACACGAUAAUGAACUAAUGGUACAGACUACUGAUGGAACUGUACUCUUGAUUUCUUCAGCCGAUGCAGGUUAUUUUUCAAGAUCACAUGAUAUUUAUAGUCCAAGUUAUAUUCCUGAAGUUUGUCCAUUAGGUACUUAUAAAAGUAUUUCAGGUCCAACACCAUGUAUCGUGUGUCCAGCAAACACAAAGAGUAAUAAUAAUGGAUUAUUGCCAACUAUUCAAUGUCUUCCCUGUUUGAAUGAUUCUUUUUGUCCUCUUGGUUCAGUCAAUGAUGUUAAUAUAUCGAGUAUUAUUGAUUUAAGUCAAGCUUAUGCUUAUCUUUCAUCACCAUCAAGUACAUCAUUUGAUGAUAUUCUUAUUGAGAAUAUAUUUAGUAUGCAAACAACACCAAUUCGAUGUGUUUUAAUUUCACCUUUUUUCUGGUCAUUAAUAACAUUAUCUAUUUCGUUUGUUAUUCUUAUUAUCAUGGCUAGUUUUUAUUAUUCACCAGGUAAAAAGAAACAUUUUCAACGUCUUGAAUAUAUUUUUCGUCAAACUGAUCUUAUUGGAAAUGGUGAAUUAUGGUUUGGUGGUCUUGUAUCAUUUGCUGUUAUGGUUCUUAUUAUCUUUAGUUUUUGGUUUGGUUCAGUUUUUCUUAAACUCUAUCCAGCAGAAACAUCAGAUAAUGCUUAUUUUGCUUGUGAUUCAUCAUUAAGAAAUGCUCAAUUUAGUUCAGGUUUACAAUUAUUAACGACAAUUAAAUCUGACGAUGAACAACCUAUUUUUGAUAUGCUCGAUUCACAAAAUUUUACUUUAGAAAUCAAUUUUGUUCAAACAGGUUUUACAUGUAACGAUGUUUUUGCUCAGAACAAUUUUGGCUCCUAUGCUGUUUCUUUUUCUUUGACAAACUGUAUAUUACAACCGGAUAAUGCUACACUUUCUGUAUCUAUUAGUAUGCCUUAUCAUUUAAUGAAUAUUCAAUUGAAUUUAACAGGACAAUCUUAUAUUGGUGGUGUUUACAUAUGUCUAAUGGGCGAUAAUUCUACAAGUAAUAAUUCAUUAUAUACAGUUCAACAAUUGAAAUUUUGUCAAUUAUUUUCAACAGAUAAUCAAACUAUUAGUCAAAAUACUGAAAUUUCUUUUAUUUUAACUAAAACGAUUAAUAUAACAGAUACAUUGGAUUAUAAUAGUGCAUCACUUUAUAGCGGAAUAUGGAUUCCAACAUCUACUUAUGCAUUACUUAGUGAUUUUCUUGCUUAUAAUCAACAAGGUGAUUAUAUUCGUUAUUUAGGUACACAACAUACAUUGACAAUAAUAUUUAGUGAAACACAGUUUUAUGUCGUCAAUGAACAACAACCAAUUGUACGACGAAAUGAAAUGAUAUUUCAUGGUGUACUCUUUACGACAACUAUACUUGGUUUAUUUGCUUUGGGUUUUCUCGUUUUAAAACUUACUUUAAUCACAGCAUUAAAAUGGAUUAUUAACAGAAUCAUUCAACGACCACCAUGUUGCAGAAAGAAAAUAAUAGAAGAACCUACAGAAAAUCAAACUAUACUUUGA